CACACUCCAAAAAUGAAAAAGAAAACUAUUUAAGGCGUUCUCUCUCUCUCUCUCUCUCUCUCUCUCUCUCUUUCUCGGUUUCUCCCUCGCUUCGUCGGCUCACGCGGAACCCCUACGAUCUCUCCCAAUUCAGUUUUCUAGGUUUUUUUCCUCUGCGAUCCGAGCGUGCGAAACCCUAAUCGGUAGAUCUCUCGCCCGGCGCCCGAUCGUGCAUCGCGGAUGGGAGAUUCUUUGGGGGGUCUGUCGAAGGAUGCGAUUUUGUUCUUGGAUUUACGAGACGAGCUGGAUUUUUUGAUCCGUAGGUGUUAUUUUGUGGUUUUUCGCUGCCUUCGAUCCGAGUGAGUGAAACCCUAAUUGGUAGAUCUUUCUCUUUCUCCCGGCGCCCGAUCCCGCGACUCGGGGAUGGGGAAUUAACUGGGGGCUUAAGCGGAAGAUACAAUUUUGUUGGUGGAUUCUUGGUCCGUAGAUGUUUUCAUGUUGAGUGGGCGGAUGGUGUUUGAUGUUUUGACCUAGAGAGAAGGGAAAGAGGAGAUUUUUUUUUGUAGGGUUUACUUACUCGUUGUCGUAUAGGGAGAUGGCCAAUGAGAUUGGAGAGAACGGGAACAACAUAGUUGAUCUGAAUCUCUACCUGGCUAAUCCUACUUUGCCCCGGCGGAUAAGCCGAGACCUAGGGUCUGAUCUCGCCCUAGGUUCUUUAAUGUUGCCAUCUUUGUUUUCUGAGGAAGCUCGCGAGCCCACGAGCAAUUCAAUUGCUUUGCGGCCGUCUAUUUUGGAUGCGCCGUACUCCCCUUCGAAUUCCCUGUUCGCACCCGACCAAUUGCCCGCAGAUCCCACCGCUGUAUUCGAAGAUAAUAGUAAUUUGUCCUCUCACGAUCCGAACGGCUCUUCUUUUGAUGCCGGUCGAGAAAGUGUUCUGCAAAUUGAUUCUUCAUUUCCUCCGCCCCCGCCACCGCCGCCGCCUCUGCCGCCGCCUACUCCUCCUUUAGUUGUUGGUGUCCGACCGACUGUGGUGGAGAUGCCUUUUGACCCAACAACCCCUCUUGGUGGAGUGGCUGAUGAACCCAUCGCGCCAAGCGGUAACCCUCCCUUGCCGUUUUUACCAUCGUGCCCUCCUACCUCGAGAAUCCCACAAUUAGAUGAUGCAUCAUCCUCAAUCGGCCCGAUCUUGCUGAUCCCCGUGACUGAUCUUGUGGGCCCGGGGGAUCGCGCGUCUUCUAUACAACAGCUCCAGGAAUACCCACAGCUUCGUUUUCAAAGGUUGAUUGAAGUGAGGCAUCGGCUGGGAGUUCGCAGAGUGGGACCGUCAUCUGACCCCCCACAUGAUAGUGAUCAAAGGUUUGAGUCUGGGGCGCAUUCUUUGACUAGUCCCGAGAGGCUGAUGCACGACAUAGUACAGUCCCAAAGAACUCUAGAAUCUUUGAAAAAGCGUAAGCUGGGCGCUGAAGGCAAGGAAGCGGCGGAUACGGACAAGAACAAGGAAGAGGAGUGUGAAUGUGGUGCGAAUUUUGAGUGCAAUAUAUGCUUUGAGGUAGCAAAGGAACCUGUCGUCACACCGUGCGGCCAUUUAUUCUGUUGGCCGUGUUUGUACCAAUGGCUUCAUGCCCACUCUGAGCAUUCAGAAUGCCCUGUGUGUAAAGGAGAGGUUUUAGAAGUGAACGUUACCCCAAUUUACGGGCGGGGGGGCUCAGACGCUGGAGUGGAGAAGAAAUGUGAAGAAAGCUGGGGCUCGGGCAUAAAAAUACCUCCUCGACCUCAUGCUCAUAGGAUCGAGAGCUUGAGGCAGCAUCUGCAGCGGCCUGUCUCAAGAAGGUUAGCGGAAAGUACGACAAUCUCGUGGAGGAGGAUUAUAGAUGAUGAGAUGCAGAUUGGGGCUCAUCUCGAAGGGCGCAGUAGGAGUCCUAGGGUGUUGGGAAGGUUUGAUGCCGUGCAUCCUAGUGUACUAACAAGGCUCAGGCCAAGGAGAACACAAAGGGAAGAAGGGGGGAGCAAUUCAGUAAGUCCCCCAAAUAAUUCUUCGGGCCAUGCUAAUGGUGGCGGUAGUGGCCAAGCUGAAGCAAUCUUGCCGUCUGCUACUAUGUAUAGUAAUAAUAAUAACAAUAAUAAUACUGGGAUGUUUCGAAGGCUUCCAUCUCCAUACAUUUAUCAGCCUUCAACUUCAAGCACGAUGGCUUUUAUAGAGGGAAAUGUUGCGUCUACUGACGAUUCGACGGAGCGGACGGGGGAAGGUUCUUCUAGGUUUGUCAGAAGCAGAGGAGGAAACAGUCCGUCCGUUCCGUUGGAUGUGGAUGAUGCGGAACUUCAUACACGAAGAAGGAGGAGGCUGUACUAAAACUUCUCACGCACUUUCUACAAUUUAGAGAUUAUUUGUUGAUAAUAACUUGAAGUGACGAUGAUUUUAGCAUGGUAUAGUUCUGCAAGCUUCUCCAGUUAAAAGGUGGUAGUGAUGUUGCUGUCUUAGUCCUCUUUUGUUGUUUCAUCUAUUUAAGGCAUGUUCGACGAAUAAAGUUUUCCGAUGCCCGUUGCUUGAGCAGAGAUAGUAAUUAUCGGUUUUGUAUAUGAUGGAAUUAUGCUUUGCAAGGAAUAUUACUGGCUUUGAUGAUUUUAACUGUAUACUGGAUUAGUUCUUUUAAUUGUGCUCUUUGCCGAGCAUUUUGCCGUACUUUCUAUGAUGCUUGUUAGGUUUUAGAAACUGGUAUGUAGGAUUUCUGUAAUCACAUUAUUUCACUGGCUCUAGAAUCUAUCCUGGUGGUUGGAAUAUCACAGCGGAUUCUAUUUGGUGUU